CUCGCUGGAGUAUCCGUGUAAUACUAGUACAGCACGGGCGGGCGCGCGAUCGCACCCACGCAAAUCGCGACAAUCCCCCAGGCCCCCACCGUCCCAACUCCCAACGCCCUCGCCCGUGCUCGCAGUUGGUAGGGUUCUAGCCAUGGCGUGGAGCGCCGCCGCCGUCUCCAGGUUCGCCGCCACCUCCCCGGCCGCGGCACCCAUCUCCGUCAGGCUCGGAGCCGCCGCCUCCCGCUCCUCCCUGUCCUUCUCCAGCGGGCGACGCCGCUCCGUCGCCGCGUCCCUCUCGACCUCCGCCACCGCUGUAAAGGAGGCUGUUCAGACAGAGAAGGCACCGGCAGCUCUAGGCCCUUAUUCUCAGGCCAUCAAAGCAAACAAUCUUGUGUUUGUUUCUGGAGUUCUUGGCUUGAAUCCUGAGACCGGGAAGUUUGUAUCUGAAAAUGUUGAGGAGCAAACUGAGCAGGUUAUGAAGAACAUGGGCGAGAUAUUGAAAGCAAGUGGUGCUAGUUAUUCUUCAGUUGUGAAGACAACAAUCAUGUUGGCUGAUCUGCAGGAUUUCAAGAAAGUGAACGAGGUCUAUGGCAAAUAUAUUUGCGGUUCUUGUUGCAGAUUUCCCGGCACCUGCACCUGCACGUUCAACAUACCAAGUGGCAGCGCUGCCACUGAAUGCCAGGAUUGAGAUCGAGUGCAUCGCGGCUCUCUAAUCAGAUCAUUCAACCACUCAUCAAAAUCAUCAAUAAGCAUUCCCACCGUGUCUAUGUAGUUCACUAUCCUGGAAGCCCCUGAGGCAUUUGUGGUAGAAGUACUUCUAGUGUCAAUCGAAAAAAUGAGACUUGUACCAGUCCAGUUCCUGAAAACUGCGGAUAAUAAACCUUGGUGUCCAGGAUAAGUGAUGUGUGUGUGAACAGUGCAUCUGGUAGGAGAAUUGUUGGGUGGUUCGUUACUCGGAUUCUUCGCUCUUUAAGA